AUGCCCCCGACCAAUGAAGCAGCAUGGCUAGUCGCGCCUGGCCAUAGACCUCUCGAGGUGAAACCCGCGCCCUACACGCCCCCGGGUCCAAAGCAGAUUGUUCUAAAGAAUGCUGCAGUUGCGAUCAACCCAAUGGACUGGGCGAAGCAGUUCGUCGGCGAUAAGAAGUGGGAAUGGAUAAAACACCCUUGGAUUCUGGGCGAGGAUGUCGCCGGCGAGGUUUUCGAGAUCGGCGAUGAAGUAACUAGGUUCAAGAUUGGCGAUCGAGUCAUUGCCCACGCAGUCGGGUUCUAUGCAUACGGAAACCGCGCAGAGGAAGCUGCAUUCCAGCUAUACACCAUAGUGCGAGAACACAUGGCAUCACCUAUCCCUGACUUCUUGUCGUUUAGAGAAGCCUGCGUCAUUCCCAUGGCUUGUUCGGCGGCUUCAUGUGCAUUAUACCAAAGGCACCUUCUUGCUCUGGAAUACCCGAAAUUCCCAGCAGCCCGUCCAAAUGGACUGUUUCUUCUUAUCACGGGUGGGGCAACGUCGGUUGGCAACAAUGCUAUUCAACUUGCGCGGGCCAGCGGGUAUGGAGUGGUGACCACGUGCUCACCGCGCAACUUCCCUCGUGUCCGCGAAUUGGGAGCCUUGUAUACUGUUGACUAUAACAGCCCGACACUGGAAGAGGAGAUUGUAGCAUUACUUAAGGAGAAGGCGGUUGCCGGUGCUUUUGCCAUUGGACCGGGGUCUGUCGUGCUAUGCAUCCACGUGCUGGAUCAGCUUGGGGAAGGCUGUCGGAAGGUGGUUGCCAAGGCGAGCUUUCCUUGGCCCAAAGAGGAUCCUCAAAAUGAUGCGGAGUAUUGGCGAUAUAUGAAGUGGGUUGAUGGCUGGAAUAAAACAAUUCGUAAAAUGGGCGACAAAGUUGGGGUCGAGACAAAGUUUGUCGAAGGCGCUGAACUUGGGCGCAAUGAAAUAGGUAAGGCGAUAUAUGAAAACUUUCUCUCAGGUGCACUGGCUGGGGGUGGCUACUUCGCUGCACCUAUUGCUCAAGUUGGGGUCAGUGCAACGAAAAUUGUUGUUACACUAAAACAGAAAGAGACACAGGAAUACAAUCUUGUGGCUCUGAGGGACGAAAUGCGCUAUAUAAUUCCAUAUCUCAAGCAGUGA